AUGAAGAGAAAUUUGGAGUCCAAAACAAUGAAACGACCAUCUUUUUUCAAAGUACUGAUAAAGGAGGAUUUUCGUAAGAGACUGAGAGUACCAAGGGCUUUCAUGAAGCAUUUGAAUGGAAAGUUACCUAAAACUUGCAUACUUAGAAUUAGUAGCAUUAGUAGUAGUAGUUCUAGUUACAAUGGUUGGACAAUAAAAAUGGAAAAGAUAGCUUCUGGCAGUGGUGCCAAUUAUCUCCAUGACCUCGUCUUUUCAUGUGGCUGGCCAGAAUUUGUGAAUCACCAUUUCUUAGAGUGGAAGGAUUUUCUUGUUUUCACAUACAAAGGCAAAUCAGAGUUUAAUGUCGACAUUUAUGGAAGAAAUGGCUGUCUAAAGGAACUUCAUUUGGAAAACAAAGGGACGAAGGCCUUGCAUGGACACAACGGAUACUGGGCUCAUGAUGGACAAAGAAAAGCAAUUAAACCUUGGGGGAUGACGCAGAGAAAUAAAGUCGGAGGAGAAUCAACAGAACAUUCUUUUCCUGUUAUUUGGAGGCAGCCUGAAAAAAUGAGAAUUCCAAGGGUUUGGGUGGAAAAAAUCGAAGGCCUCCAGAACAAGAAGUGUAUAGUGCUUAAAGAUCCAAAGGGUAGGUUAUGGCGUCUGAGUAUGCAACCACAAAAAGAUGGUUGUAUCGAUAUUAGAAAAGGAUGGGCGGACUUUUCAAUAGGAAACAGGCUAACCGAAGGAACCCAAAUAUGGAGAAAUGAAGGAGUUUAA